CCUGCAUCUCACAUUAAUCCUUCCAAUACUCACUACCACCCCCCGUCCCAAUCCACACAUACCCACACGAGUCAAGUCGAACCCGCAUACUCCCUCCAUCUGCAAUCUUUCCAUGCAUUACGCAACCUCCCCCCAGCCAUGGAACCCCCAUCGAAGCAAAAAGCAAAAAACAUCCCUCCUCGAAAAACCCGUAUCUGGCAAGCCCCCACUCCUACCCCCAAAAUUCUGCCCAGAAAACGAGAAAAAAAGCAAAACGUGACCUCAACAUGUAAUAGAAAGGUCAAGUAUCUGAAACACUCACCUUGCCCCACAACUACUGUAUCCGCAACACGCAGGUCUCAAACCCACCAACACCAAAGCAAAGAAAAAAAAGCAAAAAGGUUUGACAUCGUGCAUCUUACCCAUCGUGCAUAUACGUACGCCAUGCCAUGCAUCUAGUCAG